AUCAACUCUCGACCCAGAGUCAUCGACUACGAUUGAUCAACACAUAUCGAUUAUCAACACCGUUCCCAAUUUGAUUCCACGAGAAGGAACUGAAAUCAAGAAUCCUUUCGUUUUGGUCCACUGCAUCUAACACUCCAUGCACAUUCACUUCAACAAUCUGCCUCCUAACCUCUCAUCUUGACAAAAGCUACACAGCAGCCUUAGUCUGAACGACUACAGUUCUACGACAACCACAUCACACUCAUAAACUCCGUAGGAGAGAUGGUUCGCCCUUCAGCAGCGAAACGCGCAUCAACGGUGCGAGCUAAGCAACAGGCUUUAGCAGAAAUGAAAGAAAAUAUCUCGAAGGAGGUUAUACAGGAGUGUGUGGCGGGUCAUGAUGCCCAGCUUGAGGGUUCAAACCCCAAGAGUGAACACAUUGACACAAAUCAGCCUCGUGCAGCUGAGAAGGCUUCGUGUGAGGAAGGCUCAAUUGUUACGGGAAAGAUAGGGGAUGUUGCUCUUGAGGAGAAUAAAAAGCAGAUUCAGGAGAUGGUUGACCAGCAACUUCUCGGGGAGAUGAAGAUGCAUCUAUCACAGAUAAAGGAGGAGGGUGUUGCAGAGACUGACGUUAACGAGCCUUAUACAACAAAUCAGAUGCAGUCUACACAUGAUGACGAUGUAGUCUGCUUGACUGUGAGGAGCUCGCUUGCCAAGAAGCGCGGAAAGUAUGGUGUCAAACCAAAAGGACAGAAACAGGCACAGCAGUCCAAGGCUGUGAAGACACCGGAAAUCAAGACUGAAGAGCAGCCACUUCCGACCGAGGAGAAGCAUGCGAAAGAGCAAACCAAAGCCUUGAAACCUCGCAAACGUAGACGCGAAUCAGAGGUUUCCAAUCUGACGUCUGUUAAAAGACCUCGCCGGAGCGUGGACUGCACGCAUCCGAACGAACAGGAGAAACACACGCCGGAAGAUAAACCUACCCCCAAAAACCGUCGCAAGCACAAGCUUGAGGAACCUAUCGAAAGUACUAUGAACACUUUGUCCAAAAGAGCCCGUCCAAGCAUGAACCUUACUCCCAUUUCUCAAGAACAGCAGAGCGUUGAGCCGGACCUCACUCCUCCACCCCGCCAGCCUGUAAACCGCACAAAGGCGUCUCGUAAAGAGUUGUUGGCACGUCUGGACAGUUUGUUACCACAAAAGGAUGCAACCCAGUCUGUGCAGCAAGAGACGCCCUUUCCAUCGCAGCGAGUCCUUCACGAUCGCAGCCUGGCUCCUAGCCCAGUCCCGACACAGUCAAAGCAAAACCCUGGCCAACGUCCUGCAAAUGAGCAGCAAAAGGUUCGCUCCCCAGCCCAGCUCCAAAUACCCCAGGCUACCGCGUCGUCCACCCAUAGCUCCAUCCAGGACGAACUCCUCCAGCAAACAGCAGCCGUCACCAGCGCGACCUACAACGUCAUCGAACGCCAACUUGAGACCACAGAGUCCCGCCGCGCCCUUGCAACCGACGAGGCCAUCGACGAGCUUACUACCGACACCCGGGACGUUGUCGGCAAUCUGCCACUAAACCGAGUCCUAAGCGUGGCCAAGUAUCUCGACAGAGAGGUGGUGGGCCGCGUGGCGCGUGUCUGCAAGACUGUCUACGACAGACUGAAGAUACAGUACGAGAUGCGCCAGGAUCCGGGCACAAUCCCAGAGCCGGCAUGGCGCAGCGAGGUCCGCGUGGGCCUGAUGGACGAGGAGGGCCGGCGCACCGUCGAGUGGAUUCCCGGCUGGGGAUGGCACCCCGGGCCGAUGGCCUUGGCGAUUCAACUCGGGCGUUUAGAGGAUGUGCGCGCGUAUCUGGCUAUGGGAGCAGACCGCAAUUGCUUGAUCGCGCAUGGCGUCAGACCACUGCGGUGGGCCGUGGCCACGGGCCAGUUGAAGAUUGUGCAGCUGCUGUUAGAAGACGAGGCCGAUCCGAACUUGUUAGAUGCCGACGGCAGUGGCGGGGCGCUGGCGGGUCCGUUUAUGGCCCCGGGGACGGAGAUUGAGGUGUUUGUGGAGGUCUUGCUGGACGCGGGGGCCAAGGUCUGUAAUAUGGACGCGUUCGAGAACCUCUGCCGUUGCCGCAAGAGCGUCCAAUACGUGAGGCACGCUAUUGCGAACAAGAGCGAGCUGGCGGAGUUGCGCGGUCCACACGGGGAGACCGUGCUGCAUUGCGCAGCCGACUAUGGCCUCAAGGCGGUGGUCAGGGUGUUGAUCGGGGCCGGCAUUCCGGUCGAUGAACAGGAUGCCCACGGCCAGACGGCCGUGCAACUCGCCCUUCGGAACGGCAACGAGGAGACGGCCCUGGCCUUGAUGGAUGUAGGUUGCGCCCUGCACCUGCUUGACAAUUGGAACCGCGACGCUUUGACUUACGCUAUUGAAAAAGGGUAUCUCGAAGUCGUCCGUCUGAUGCUGGAGCCAGAUUCCGAGAUCGACUUCAACGCCACCCGAAGGUACGGAGCGUCUCCGUCCGUCGAGCGGACCCAUCUCGAGGCGGCGAUGCACUAUUGCCGGCUCGAUAUCAUGAAGGAGAUGCUCCUGCGUCGGAAAAUGCGGCAGGAUGUGACGCUGCAACGCCAGUGUCGGGACAUGGCCCGGAUGGAGACGCCAAAUAAGAAGUUGUACGAAGAGAUCGGGCUGCUUAUAGCCAGCUCGAGGCUGGGAUUUGAUUCGAUUGGGGAGGAGACUGAGCGAUCGUCAGUUUAGUCUGGCCUGUUUUCUACGAACGGGAGAAGAAAGAAAUAACAUAAACAGAGAAAAGAUAAAAAAAAAAAAAGAACGACCAUUGGAAGCUAUAUAGGUCUAGAGGAUGUGUU